AUGCCAUCGACCUACCUCGAUCGGUCGUCUCCAAAGGCCGCAGAACCUGAACAAGGAAAGGAGGAGACUUUACAACGGUGCGGCGAGCCUCCCCCCUCCGCGGUCGUGCGCCUCCGCCUCCUCGGGGAGCGGACCCCGCGCCGAUUGGCGCGCCGGCAAGCCAAUCCCUCGCCCGCGGCCAAUCUCCGCGUCGGCCUCUCAGGAGAAGAGGCAGCCAUUGAAAUUUCCUUUUCCCUGGUGGUUCUUUCUGCCUGUGGCCUCUUAGCUUUGAUACUACUACUUGUAAAUUGUGUCUCCUGCUGUAAAGAUCAAGAGAUUAACUUCAAGGAAUUUGAAGAUAAUUUUGAUGACGAAAUAGACUUCACCCCGCCUGCAGAAGACACACCAACAAUUCAGUCUCCAGCGGAAGUGUUUACUCUUACGGUUCCCAAUGUUCCUCUACCAGCUCCAUCACAAUUCCAACUUCCAGCAGAAGAUCUGAAAUCUCAGGUUGCCCGUCAAAAUCUCAAUUAUAUUCAAGAAAUAGGAAAUGGAUGGUUUGGAAAGGUUCUGCUGGGGGAAGUUUACACCGGUACUAGUGUGACCAGAGUUGUUGUGAAGGAGUUAAAAGCCAGUGCCAGUCCCAAGGAGCAGGAGCGGUUCUUGAGGCACGGGGAGCCAUAUUUUGUUCUUCAGCAUCCAAAUAUUCUCCGCUGUACUGGCCAAUAUGUGGAAGCAAUUCCUUAUCUGUUGGUGUUUGAAUUCUGUGACUUGGGUGACCUAAAAACGUAUCUUUGCAAUGAGCAGGAUAAUAUUAAAGGAGAUUCUCAAAUAAUGCUGCUACAGAGGAUGGCCUGUGAGAUUGUGGCGGGACUUGUCAUGAUGCAUAAACACAAUUUUGUGCAUGGUGAUUUAGCUUUAAGAAAUUGCUUCCUUACAUCUGAUUUAAAUGUAAAAAUUGGAGAUUAUGGAAUAGGAUUCAGUAGGUACAAGGAAGAUUAUAUUGAAACGGAUGAAAAUAAACUUGUACCUCUUCGCUGGACUGCCCCGGAGCUGGUGACAAGCUUUCAGGAUCGCCUGUUAACAGCAGAGCAAACCAAGUACAGUAACAUCUGGGCCCUGGGAGUGACAUUGUGGGAACUUUUCAACAGUGCUGCAAAGCCUUAUUCUGAUCUCUCCAAUGAAGAGGUUUUGACGCAGGUCAUAAAAGAAAAACGGACCAAGCUCUCAGAACCACAAUUCGAGCAGCCAUAUUCUGAUAGAUGGUAUGAAGUUCUGCAGUUCUGUUGGCUGUCUCCAGAAAAGCGAGCAACGGCAGAGGAAGUAGAGAAGCUUUUAAUCUAUCUCUGCUUGCAAAGUCAAAGGGAUUCUGUAAUUGAUCCUGAACAGUGGGAUGAUCUCAAGCCGAACAUUUCAAACAGAGAACCCUUGGGUAAUUCUGCGUUUCCAAUCCUGGAUCAUUUCACUGGCAGCAGAUUUGGUCGUGAGAUGGAAGAAGUUCUCACGGUAACCGAAACAAGUCGAGGGCUCAAUUUUGAAUACAUCUGGGAGGCAGCCAAACAUGACCAUUUUGAAUGUAACCAGUCAAAUCCUGUUGAAGGGAAGACUUACACAAGCAUCUUCUUCCCAGUGGAAGUGUUUGAGAACACACUGACAGAGCAAGGGCCUGGAGCUCAGGUUGAAAGUGGACAGGAAAUGUCCCUACAUGUGCCUGGAGAACUUCCUGUGUUUAAUGCCCAUAAGCCUUCUCUUGGAAGUGAUUAUUACAUCCAGUUAGAAGAGAAGAAUGGAGGCAUUAGUAGUGUAAACCUUGACCACCAGGCUGCUGUAUUGACAACAGAAGUGGACAACUCUGAAGUUCUGAAAGACAAAAAUUCUCAUGUUGUGGUUCUAGGGCACUUUGCUGCUGAAUCUACUACAGAUGAGGAUAUUUUCUCUUAUAAUACAGAUCCCAAGGAAGAGAAUUUGCACAAGGUUGGCCCUGUUAGCCCUUCCCAAAAUAUAUUUAGUGGCAUUGCCAAAAAUGAACAGUUGGCAAAUGUGUUCGGUAGACUUGAUUUAGCUGAUAUUAAUGAUAUUCAUGUGGAGCUUGAAGCAGUUUCAUGCUCAGAUCCUGAGGAAUCUACCGAUGAUCUGGCCAAGAAGGAAAGUUCCCCACUCACUUCUCAAAAUGAAGCUGUUUAUCUGCAGGAGAAUACCUCACAGGAUUCUGAACUUAGCUUACUGACUUUAGAGGAGCUAUCUGAUAACUUUCUUUUUCUUCAGGAGAAGAAUUUAUUAAAGCGGACAGCGAGUAAAGAAGAUGGUAGUGAUCUCAGAAGAGCACAUGACCAAACAAAUAAAUUAGAGCCACCAAAUACGAACUCUUUGGGAGCUGAACGUAAUAUUAGUGGAAAUGCUCAUGACACUAAAGAUGAGCUGCUUGUGCGAAUAGGGCCACAUCAAAGUACCCUCGUGCAGAGUCAGAUGCUUUCUAGUUCACCUGUGAUAGAUAAGCAGCUCCUGUUCUCUUUAUCCAGCACUGAAAAAAAACUUUCUAACAUAGAGGUUGAAGAUAACUCUACCCACAGUAUUGCUGCCUCUUACCUUGGAAUGGAACAAGUCUCUGAACUUGGUUCAACUGAUAUCCAAUCCACAAAUGUCAAAAACCAGACUGAUGGGAUCAGCUCCUGUCAUGGUGUUGCACUCAAUGCUCAAGAAGAACAACAGAAAAAUAAACAGGAACUUAGACACAGUAGUAACUCUUGGGAGUUGACCCAUGAUUUAAACUCUAAAUCAGAACAAGAUAAUGCCUAUGUUCUAGAGCAAAGUGAUAGAACUUCUCAAGUUCAGAGGUAUGACACAGAAGCUCUUCCCACAGAUCGUAUGAGUCAUGACAGUCUACUAGAAGACAGUUUAUCAAUUUCAACCCAGAGCCUGGGGCAACUGGUAGAUACACCAGAUUCAUUUGAUGCAUUAGAUGUUAAUGAAGUUUUAGAAUCCUUUGAACCAGAGAGUCCCCAGAAAUUUUUGCCACCUGAUAAACCUGCUGAUAGUGGCUAUGAAACUGAAAAUCUAGAAUCUCCUGAAUGGACUUCACAUCUUGUUGGCAGCAAUUCUAACGAAUCUGCUUUAUCUAGUGCUGGUGGUGAUCUCUUACAUGAUAACCCCAUGAUAAUUGUGUCAGCAGAUGUAAAUUCUUAUGCAGACACAACAAAUAUCAAGGAUAAGUUUGAAAAACCCACUAAAACAACUUUUGAGGGCAUCCAUAAUUCAUAUAGAGAUUCAGCCUAUUUUUCUGAUAAUGAUUCUGAGAUAGAUAAGAAAUCUGAGAUUAUGAAUCCAUCAAAAGAGCCAACAGUAUUAACAAAGGACAACACUGAUUCUUUUGAAAUGGAAAAUACUGGGAAUACACAAAAUCAUUUAAGUGGCAAUCAAAUAGUUAAUUAUCAGUUCACCAAUAACUUGACCUCACAGCUGGAUGUAGAUGGAAAAGUAGAGGACCGUGAGUCUCAUAAAACAAAGCAGGAGUGGCACCAUAAAACUGAUGAUACAACUUUGUUGCCACCUGUUACUGACUUAGAACAUAUAGAUGAAGAUGAAAUAUAUGAGGAUUUCCCCAAAAGUGUAUCUUGCACAGGCACCAGUACAGCAGAUUUUUUUCCUGAGGGUGAUUUAAAGGUUAUGCCAAACUUGUAUGGUCCUUCUGAAGUCUUUGAAAAAUCCAUAUUGUGUCACCUUGAAGGCCAUAAGUUAAAAGAACCAGAUAUUGAAGGAAAGUAUCUUGGUAAACUUGAUGUUUCUGGGAUGCUGGAUCUCUCAUUAGAUGAAGAUGAUGCUGAUGAGGAAGAUGGAAACAGCGAUGAUUCUGAGGAUGAUAUGAAAACUUUCCAUCUUCACGGGCUUAGCUCUGACAGUGAUGAGGAAAUUAUGCAUCAAGUGCCAGAAAUCCUAAGUGAUGGGAAUGAUGGAAGAUAUCUAAGGAGCUUGCUGAAACAUCCAAAGCAAUACAGGGAGAAUAAUCCUACUGAAACCUUUCAGAAGAACGAAAGAAAAGCAGUAACAUUCUUUGAUGAUGUCACUGUAUAUCUUUUUGAUCAGGAAACACCAACGAAAGAACUGGGAAACCGUGCUGCUGAAUCAAACCAUUCCAACUCUAGUCACACUCCUGCUCUUGCUUCCAGUUUUGGUUACUUGAAUAAAUUUUCAAAUUCAGAAAGCUCUACAGAUGAAGAAGGAGGAGGUUUUGAGUGGGACGAUGAUUUUCCUUCUCCGGGGCCCUCCAUGAUCUUAAAGGCAGCAAGCAGCCUCAUCAGCUCCAAGCCUUCUCUUCAGACCUCAAAGUACCUCUCCCCUCCACCACCACCCCGAAGCCCUGAGCAGGACUGGUCCCACCCAUUACCUUACUCCAGGUUCUCUAUCUCACCGGCAAACAUCGCAAGCUUUUCGCUCACUCACCUUACAGAUUCUGAUAUUGAACAAGGAGGGAGCAGUGAAGAUGGAGAAAAAGAUUAAGAACUGAAGCUUCACCCCGUCCGUCCUCAUGGUUGUAGGGAAUACCUCUGCUUUGGGCUAAGAGCCUUUUCAAAAAAGUUGCACCUGAAGACGAAGUUCUGCUGAAGUCCUUCAAUCAAGUGGCUGGCAAAACGACUGAGGGAACACCCAGUCAGGACCAGAAUUUGGAGUGGAUGUAUUUCACAGUGUACUAUUUUUGAAAGCUGGUGCAUUUUGCAUUUCCUCUUAAAAAAAACCCAGACCUCCCUAUGCUAGCUCUCUCCCAGUACUUGAAGUAUCCUCCAGAUGAUUUGUACCACAGUGAUGUUCUGAUUUAUAUAUAGGAUUGUAACAUACUUUCUUUGGGGUAACCAUGUAUUUAUCUGUAUGAAUGUGUAAAAUUGUAUAUAGCUGAGCUGAAGCUGACUACAUUCCUUGAUCUGGCUGUUGUGUAGCAAGCCAUAUUUUGCAGGUUUUGCUCAUUGCUUAGCUGUAGGUGUGCUAGUUGUAGCCUCGCCAAGUCCCUUUGCACUGUACAAAGCCAUUCUGGACCAAGGGGAAUCAUCGUUCUGGCUCAUUUAAGUUGGUUUCCUUUUACUCCUUGUGUGUCUCUUUCCACACAAUCUACUUGUCAGAAUGUACAGAACUUGAGUCUUCCAGUUAUUAUUUUCCUUUUAAGGAUUUCUGCAACUUCGUGUGUUCUUCAUGCUUCUAAAAGGCCAACUCACUUUGGGAGAGAAAGGAGGGUAAUUCUCAUUUGCAAUUAACAGGGGUUGAUGGAUUGACUUUUUUAUUUGUAGUUGGCUAAAAAUGGUGGUGGUGGGGUACUGGUUUUUGGGUUUUCCUUGCUUUUUCUAGGACAAAGUCUCUGGGAUUUUGUUUAAUAUGUGUGUUUGUGGUAUGCCUGUGUGCAUCCUUGUCCCAGUGAUGUUCUUGGUUAUUGGGCAAGGUCUAGUAUUGUUCAUAUCAUCUUCAGGGAUCUGUCAACAUUUCUGGUAGGCAAUCUGAUAGAAGAUUGCUUCACUUCUGCCGUUAGUGAUCUUUCUUUUUGAAGUCAGGUACCUGUAAAAAAUAGAAGCUUUAAUAAGUUUGGGCUCUUUGGGUCUUCCUGGGUGUCCUGGUUCUCAAGCAUGAGUGUGUGUCACAACAAGCUUCAUGACUGAUGUAAAUGGGACUUCCUGUAGGUUUUCUCCCAUACAAGUUCUCAAAAUAAUUGUCUCAAAGUCUUUAAGGAUGCAAGCUGCAACUUAUGGACUAAAAGGCAGUUACUUCAUUAAACCCAGUUGUUCUAGCCUGCUUAAAGGAACUUUUCUGAGCUCCAGCCCUCUUCAUAUAGACCUAUCCUGAACAUUCUUAAAAUAGAAGGCUCUGGCCACAUUGUGUGGGCAAAUAGCUUUGCUUCUCAGUAAAAUGGUUCUCUUUUACUUACCUCAUUUUAAAAAUAAGCAUUUGAGCUAUUAUGCAUAUUUUGCACCCAUAGUUUGGUACAGGAAGAACAUGUUUGCAACCCUAUUUGUAAAGCUGUUGGGCUAUCCUACAAAAUGUUCUGCUUAAAGGAUGAGUUUUUGAGAACUUCUUGGAAUAGAAUGAAAAAAAUACUAUAGGAAAGAAUGGGGGGAAGCAUGGGUGUUUUUAAGCCUUCAUCUAGAUUAGCUCUUGGAAGCUGCGUGAAGGACAGGAACAGUCAUGCAUGAAAUAUGCCAGGGAGUGGUAGAGCAUUGAUGUGUAAGGAUCUGAAGAACUCUGAAGAACAGUAGCAUCUUGAGAAAUGCUUUUGCUUCAUGUGCUUAGCUUCACCACCUGCCCAGAUGCCUUAUGGAGCUCUGCUCUUAUGUGGCUGUUCUUGACAGACCCAACAUCUGCACGCACUGCAUUCCUUCUUAACUGACAGCCUUGGAUCUGGCCUUCUUUACUCUUUGAGAAUCUGGAGUCUGAAGUGAAACCUCUUCUGAGAUAAAUUCAGCUGUGCCCAUCUCUUUCAUAAUGUGAUUUAUAUAUGUAAACACACACACACACGAGAACUCAAAAGCGAGCAUUCUCAACUCUCUGUUGGGUUGCAUGGCUGCAAGCCUCCACCCCGACCUUGUGCAUUAGGAAUUUGGACAUUGUUUAUGGCAGCUGUCCCCAGUGGCGCCCUUUAAAUACAUUAGAUGAAUGCUCCCUUCAGGGCAGAAGACAUCUAAAUGGUGAAGACCAGUCGGUGGGGUUGAGUGAAAUGAGUGUUAGCAUUCCCUUCAUUCUGGAGUCUGCAUUUGAAUUUUGGAAUUAGCUCUGGCCCAACAUGCCUACCCAUGUCAGGGUUUUCUCCCCGUUCUUGGGGCUUCUCCCUGUUCCCUUUCACCUCACCUCACCUCACCUCACCUCACUUCACUUUAAUCCUGCGUCUAAACUGUCAUAUGAAUUGCAAACUCCUAUUUUUGGACAGGCCCAGGGCAUAUCUGUCUCAUUGAAAAGGCAGCGUUCUGGAUACAUCAUGCCCCAGGCUGAGCCAGAAAUGUUUUCCUUGUGCGCAAAAUACACAUGCAUCUUUUUAGGCACUGCAGCUUUUAAUAUGUGAGCCAUUGAAAACCCCACAUUAGCUUUUCUUUAGCUGAGGUAGAAUCCUCAGCUUCCCAAAUCCAGGCCAAGUUGUCCAGGUUUCUUAAUGGAUUCCUAAAGGUUGAUUUAUGUAUAGUUGUGGUUAUAUCUUUUCACUGAGUUGAGGCCCCUGUAUUUUUUUGCAUUAUAAAUUCCCUGAUGACCUGGCCAGGUUUGGAGAAUUGGGGCAGGUUAGAGUUUGGUGUGUUGCUUGUUCUGUGUAGCGUUAUUUCUGUUUUCUGUAGAGCUUGUUUUUAUCAAAGCUAGCAGAUGUCCAAGUCCUAGAAGUGGCCUGUGGCAGCCUGAGGUCAACCGUGGUCCUCCUGCUUUAGAGACUUAGAGUUGCUGCUUCUCUGUCCUUUUUCUCUCACCUCAACCCAGCCCCUCAGUAUGGGACCUGUGCAUUUGAACUUCUGAAUGCUAGGCUGAAACUUCGCAGAGGUCUACGUUUGUCUGUGUAUAUGUGUAUAUUUACCAACGUAGAGAUGAUUGACUAAGGAAGUUUUAUGUUGGGACAUCCGGCCCAUUGUGAAGCUUUGGAAGGCAGUUGAGCCUGGCCAGAUGUUUUCUGCAGCCUCAACGGUCUCUCAGUCCUAGUUUCUGAGGUUCUGCAGGAUAACCGAGGGGAGCAAUGCAGGCACUCGUGGUGGCCAUUUGCACUAAAAUGUAUAGGUGACCAGGAGCUCAGGAGCAUUGCAACAGGGCUUUUGUUGGCCUGGUGCCAGGCUGGAGUGAGUGGGUGAGAAGAAACAAAUAGCAUCAACCAGAAUGUCUUUACAGUACCCAAUUCUCUUACAUAGGAGAAUGUUUAUUUGCAGCAUAGCCGCUGUUAGAGCAGUGUUUCUCAACCUUGGCAACUUUAAGACGGGUGGACUUCAACCUGGGGAAGGCUGGCCGGGGAAUUCUAGGAGUUGAAGUCCACACAUCUUAAAGGUGCCAAGGUUGAGAAACACUGUGUUAGAGUGAUCCAUAAGCGAUCCAUUUCAGGAAGGAUAGUAAGCUCUCAAGAUGAACCAGUCUGUCAACCCUUUCUGGAAUGAACUAGUAGCAGUAAUGGAGAUUACCGUUCUUCUAGAAGGCCACCAUCUUUGGGAAGGCUGGCCUAGUCUUUGUAGUUAGGCUUUUAAUGGCUAAAUCAUUUCCAAGUUCCGUUCUUUAUAAAAGCUGCUGCUUUUUUUGGAAAUGAAAAGUUUCUUUUUAAAAAAAAAAUCUUUGACACUAACAAAAGCUAUUCAUGCGUACAUUUUAAACACUAUUUUAGAUUGAUUUGUGUGUCUCUUUUGUUUUUCCUUUUUUUGAGAGAGCCAACUCUGGAGGUUUUUGUAGAGAGAAACGAUUACAUGCUUGGCUAAAAUUUUAUGGGGGGCAAAGUGGCUAUUUAGAUUGGAAAGAACCGGAAAUAUGACUGCUUUGGGAGAAAUAGCCUCAACAAUAAGGACAGAGGGCGAAGAAAAGAAUAACCUCAGCUUUAAUUUGUAUAAACUAUCCAUUUCUAAAGAGGAAAAAAUCAAGAUGUCUUUAAGGAAGUAUUGCAGAGGAAACACAUUCGAUGGAGAGCAGAUAACGUGUUCUGUUCCACAGCCUGGUUUUUAUUUUAUUUUAUUUUAUUUUUAUUCAGUUAAAACUUGAACGAAUUUAAGAUGUCCAGUUCUGUUUAACAAUUUGUCUGUUCUUGCACAGUGGUGGGUAAUGGUAAAGCAGUUUCAAUUAUGUGUACAUACGACGUUUUACUCUAUUUGUACAUGAGGAAAUUUAUGUAACAAAAUCAUAGGGGAGAAAUUUUCCGAUUGGGAUUUAAUGCAGCUCUGAGGUUCGUGGCAAUAUGCUAGCUAAUUAAAUUCCAGGUCGAAUUUAUCCUUAAACUGUGUAAAUUUUAAAACUGUAAGAUUUCUACUGUAUAUUGAUCAUGCAUAGUGUGAUCCAAGGCUGCUUGUAAUUUAAAGAAUCUUAUUUAAUAUUCAAAAUAAAAUAAAGCUAUAUAUUUAUAA